CUUCUGAACGGAGCGUUGGGAGUGCAGAUUGUUUGGAUUUAUCUGCUGAUGUUUAGUAGAAGAUCAGAUGUAGAACAUUGUGGUUCUGGUUGUUUCCGCAGGUUGACGAGAAGUGCCUGCGAGAGAUGUGAAGUGAGAGAGAAUGACGGUGGCUAGAAUUCUGGUUGUUGUGUCAUCUACCAAGAGACACGCACCGUCGUGACGCAUUUGGCUGAAGAAUUGCGACUCAGUUUUCUCGAUGGAUACAGAUCCUGAGCUCGCAGGGGAGGAAUCCACAACCUGCAAUUGGGUCUGUGAGUGGGAGUAGGUCGCGAGCAAGCGUGAGGGUGUUGCGUCGUGUUGGAUAAGAAUCUGUGAGAAGCUGAAGGUCUGUUGGUAAAGCCACAGUCUGUAGCAGGGAGAGGAAGAUUCAAAGUGAGAGUCUCGCUUGUGGAUCAUGAAAGCGGUUGGGGACGUGUACUGUCGCCGCCGUUUGCCAAGAGACGUAUUUAAUAAAAGCACUUGCGGAGGACGCACGGUGCUUCACGAAUUCCCAACACCAUCAAGAAACUUAGAGAGGCUGCAGAUGCUCACACAUGUUUCGCAUUAAGUUCUUCGCCUGAUCGGUAACUGCUCAGUGAGUUGGAUAGAGAGAUCAGUUGUUGUGUAGGUGGCCGGCCACAGUCCAUCGCGCCCGUUUCGAACCUUCAUAGUUUCUAACUCACCGCUUGUAUUGAAGAAAACUGGUUCGUCCGAUUAGAUUGAUUGUGUUGCUUGCGCUUUAAUUUCUGAACCAGAGUGAGAGGGAGAUCGCGAAUAAAUUUCAGAGACGGUGCGGGGCACGAAUGCAAUCCCGGACAUGAUGAGGGUGAUGAGCGAGAGUUGGAGUUCAUGUUUGGAGCUCCGGGUUGCGUGAGAGUGAAGCGCUGAGGGCUGGCGAUGUAGUGUGUGGCAGAGGCUACCUUAACUGAAUCACGGUGUGACCCCACCGUGUUCGUUACUCCAGCCGACCAGGGGCGGUGGUGGUGGUGGUAUCUAGUUGCUUCAAAGUGGGGGAUGCCGUAACCAGGUUCAAUGCCGCAAUGCAAUGUGAUCUGAGCGACGAUCUUCUUUGAUAUAUUGCCGGGAGCAUUAAUACUCUCACAGGGAUGAUGAAUACCGCAACCAAGUCCUCGUCUGCCGCAAUACUCAAGAAGGCGCUACUCACGCCGCGUUUUCACUUCGCGUAGCUGCAGGCCAUCCGUCAAGUGCGGCCGACGUCUCUGGCGCUCGCAGAUCCGUAGCAAUUGAAGCGCUGGAGGAAGUAAAUAAAACUACGCGAUCGAAUUUCCAAUGUGUCGGAGAUGAGAAUGCUCGUGCGAGCCGCUGCAGUGAGUCUUGUGUGAGUCGACCACGUCGUGUAUUGGACCGACAAUCUCAAAAUCAGAUCGUCUCAUUUACUUACCACCGCUGCAAGAAACCUCUUAAAGUAACUGUCAGUGUUAGCAACCGCUGAUCAGAGCCAAUGGAUUGUGCCUUGGAAGCUGGAUUGGUGAGCUCGUGAAGCACAAACCAGGCUUGUGUCGCAUUGGAUUGGCAGUUGUUUCAGGGUGCUUGGGAAUCGGAGGAUCACUGUGUGCACCACACAACUGCAUGUGGGUUCGACGUCACGAAUGCUUUUUCAAGCUCUGGGAAAUGCCGAACGAGCUAGUGUGACAUAGCUCCUGAGGUGAUGGCCACAUCUUGAGGCUUCGACGAUGACACAGCGAUGACUAUCUGAAGAAGAUUUCAGUAUGGUUGCGAGCUCGAUUUCUGGGUAUUUAAGAACAGGGUGAAUCCGAAGGCAGACGACAGGUGAAGGUCUUCGAGCUCCCACCUCAGAAUUGAACCCACUUUUGUUCAUGUCCCUCUGUAAUACUGCCUUUCUUUUUGCAACUCCGAGGACGUCGCUGUGGCUGGUGACAGAGGAGCACUGUAAUGGCGGUCUGCUGGAGCUUUGCUAUGGUGCUGCUGAUUGCGCUGGCAUCACUUCAUGUCUCUAGCCGGUCUCUUCCUGAACCUCCGGCAGGAUUUUACAUCAACAACUCGCGACACUUGGAAGCUUCUGAGGCUUCGAUCAAGAAUCUAAAUCCACGUAAUGCAUUGGUAGGGCGGUCGGAUGUGGAGCAAAGCUGGAAUGUCCUAGUCGGUCGACGAGGUCGGUUUCGUAGGCUUGUCCAACAAGACGAUGACCUUGUUUGUGACGCGCAACUCACGUGCAUGAAGAAGGAAGUUGCGAAGUCGACGUCGAGCAUGCUCGACGUUGUAGAAGGAUUACGAACUCGUGAAAUUCUUGUCAACUACCGACUGCCACAAAGGAAACCUACGCCGUUCCAGUCUGAGCGGAUGGUACCCUCGGGCCCUAAUCCAUUGCACAAUAGCAACAGGUCGCAGGUCAUUUUUCCAUGAAGCCUCGCAAUGUGUAACACACGGCACCUAGCUAAAGUCGCAAUGUUGAACCCUAGUUUCUCCGAUGUCAACCACGGCGGGUGCUUCUUGAUGGGGAUUCUGCUCAUCCCUGUCGUCAGAUCAAGGCAAACCUAGUUUACAGCUGCGACCCACAUUAGUUGGAACGAGAGCUAGGUCACGAGAUUACCAAUCUCGCGGUAAUCAUUGAGUGGGAUGAUUGUCUUGGAGGAAGAUAAUGCAUGUUCGAUACCCUCGAGGCUUCAAAAUUGCUUGAAUCGAGUACUUUGAUAAUGAGAGGGUCCUUUUCCAACCAUUCUUGGAGCAAUGUUUCUUCAGUCAAUUUUCUCACAGAUACACAUUCAGUGCCACUUUUUCAUCAACA